GCUCUCAGGCCGUACGCAGAAGCGGCAGCACCAACAGCAGUAGCUACAAAACCCAUCAAAGUGACUCAGUUGAGGUAGCAUUUUGUGGUACUCUGUUGUUGUUAGUUUUAAUCAAAGCAAGCUGGUGAGUUGGUGAAGAAAGGCGGAUCCUAUAUUUUGUUGCAUUUGUUUAGUUGCUGUAGCUGUAAUCGUUGUUAUUGUUAUUCAAUACACAAUUCAGUUAUGUGCCCUUAGAGCGAUGUGACCCGAAUUCGAAACCGAAGGAGCAUUGGAUAUGCAAUAUCUUCAGCAAAAUUGCUAAAUGAGAUCAACGAGGGAUCGUGAACCGUGGGCAGUGUGAUUGGAUGAAAAUUACCGAUUGCUAAGAUGGUGAUUAGUGGGACGAACAAGAUGUUUCUUCUAACGUUUGCCUUGUUCGUCCUGUGUUUGAUCAUGUUUGUCGUGUUGGUGUCCUUGAGAAAGAGCGAGAAAACCCUCCAGUGGGACAAUUUUAUUCAACGUGGUCAAUCUCGGAAAACGGAUAGCGGGGAAACCAAUCAUUGGUAUUUUGUGAUAAGAGAUCUCGACAAAAUCAAAGCCCUGGCCGACAUUCGCAACAUCGAGCGGGUUGCUCACCUGGAAGUCACACCGGCCGGGUUCACAGUGCACGGAAUGGACUAUGAAAUUGUCUUCGACCGAGUGCCAGCAUCGGUGGUGGUGGAUCUACGGAAUCAGUCAAAAAAGAAUCCCGAAAUGCUUGAGGAUUACACUCUAGCGCUAGUCAAACGAAAACUGUAUCCUUGGGAUAUGAAACCGCAGCACAGUAUCGAUAAUGGGUGAUUCAGGGAUGUUCAGGAUUAAUGGUGGAGAAUCAGAGUUACCGAACAAACAAACAUGAACGAUGUUAGCUAGUAUGCUUUAUUUUAACUUAUACAGGUUUCUAUUGAAGGACACAAAUGUGAUAAUAGAGCAUAGAUUUUAUGGCUCACAAGUUACCCAUUAUUCAGCUAGACUAUCAAAACUUAAAAAUAA